CAGACCUCUGAUUCACUCCAGGCACUCUCCUCCCCUUUAAGGCGCGCGGCAGGGCGGGGCCCGGUGGCUCGCUCAAGGCGCGGUCGGCAUCCGCCGGCAGAAAAGCGGCUUAAAGGCGACGCGUGGCGCGAUGGCGGCGGCCCCACGCGCGUGCGGGCGGCGCUGGCGGCCGCGCCCGGUGCUGCUGCUGCUGCUGCUGCUGCUGGCCGCUGCCGCCCCCGGGGNNNCCACGCGCUGCGCCACGCUGGGCGCGCUCGAGCGUUUGCGGCACCCGCGGGAGCGCACGGCGCUGUGGGUGGCCACAGACCACAACUCAGACAAUACGUCGGCUGUGCUGCGGGAAUGGCUGGUGGCUGUAAAGAGUUUGUACCACUACGUGGAGUGGCGGCCGGCGGAGGAGCCCAGGUCCUACCCGGAUGAGGAGGGCCCCAAACACUGGUCUGACUCGCGCUAUGAGCACGUCAUGAAGUUGCGCCAGGCAGCCUUGAAAUCUGCCCGGGACAUGUGGGCUGAUUACAUCCUGUUUGUGGAUGCAGACAACCUGAUCCUCAACCCGAACACGCUAAGCCUCCUCAUCGCUGAGAAUAAGACAGUGGUGGCUCCCAUGCUGGAUUCGAGGGCUGCGUACUCCAACUUCUGGUGCGGGAUGACUUCCCAGGGCUACUACAAGCGCACUCCCGCCUACAUCCCCAUUCGCAAGCGGGACCGCCGGGGCUGCUUUGCCGUUCCCAUGGUGCACUCAACCUUCCUGAUCGACCUGCGGAAGUCGGCAUCCAGGAACUUGGCAUUCUACCCUCCUCACCCUGACUACACCUGGUCCUUUGAUGAUAUCAUCGUUUUUGCCUUCUCCUGCAAGCAAGCAGAGGUCCAGAUGUAUGUCUGCAACAAGGAGAUGUACGGCUUUCUGCCUGUGCCGCUGCGGGCACACAGCACCCUCCAGGAUGAGGCCGAGAGCUUCAUGCACGUGCAGCUGGAGGUCAUGGUGAAGCACCCACCGGCGGAGCCCUCCAGGUUCAUCUCGGGGCCCCCCAAGACGCCUGACAAGAUGGGCUUCGAUGAGGUCUUCAUGAUCAACCUGAAGCGGCGGCAAGACCGGCGCGAGCGCAUGCUGCGGGCCCUGCAGGCGCAGGAGAUCGCCUGCCGGCUGGUGGAGGCCGUGGACGGCAAAGCCAUGAACACCAGCCAGGUGGAGGCACUGGGCAUCCAGAUGCUGCCCGGCUACCGGGACCCCUACCACGGGCGGCCGCUUACCAAGGGCGAGCUGGGCUGCUUCCUCAGCCACUAUAACAUCUGGAAGGAGGUUGUGGACCGUGGCCUGCAGAAGUCGCUCGUCUUCGAGGACGACCUGCGCUUUGAGAUCUUCUUCAAGAGACGCCUGCUGAACCUCAUGCGGGACGUGGAGCGGGAGGGUCUGGACUGGGACCUCAUCUACGUGGGCCGCAAGCGGAUGCAGGUGGAGCACCCGGAGAAGGCCGUGCCGCGCGUGAGGAACCUGGUGGAGGCCGAUUACUCCUACUGGACGCUGGCCUACGUGAUCUCGCUGCAGGGCGCGCGCAAGCUGCUGGCCGCCCAGCCGCUCUCCAAGAUGCUGCCUGUCGACGAGUUCCUGCCCGUCAUGUUCGACAAGCACCCAGUGUCCGAGUACAAGGCCCACUUCUCGCCCCGCAACCUGCGUGCCUUCUCGGUGGAGCCGCUGCUCGUGUACCCCACGCACUACACGGGGGACGACGGGUACGUGAGCGACACGGAGACCUCCGUUGUGUGGAACAACGAGCACGUGAAGACCGACUGGGACCGCGCCAAGUCCCAGAAGAUGCGGGAGCAGCAGGCGCUGAGCCGCGAGGCCAAGAACUCAGACGUGCUGCAGUCCCCGUUGGACAGCGCGGCCCGCGACGAGCUCUGAGCGCCAGCAGCCGACGCCCUGGAGGCAGCCUCGCCGGCCAGCCUCCCCCCUCCCGCGCUGGCUGGGGGCCCCCCACGAAGCGCCCCCCAGCGGACCCCCGGCAGGCCAGCCCACGGCGGAGGGCUCUCCCUGCAAGGCGGUGUGCAGCCGCCUCUGGCUCAGCAAUCACGUGCACGCAGGCAGCUUUCAUGGAGUGCCUACUGUAUGCCGGGAACGGGGCCUGGCGCCAGGGGAGCCGGUGGGAGCCAGACCUCGUUCAUGUCUUCAGGUGCCGAACACUCGAAGCCCUCACCGGGCACCAGGCUCCCGUGUGUGGCAGCGGGCAAGGCAUAAUUAUUCCCUCAGCCCGUGACUGAUGGGGCCGGCGAGCUUGUGUUGACCCCCUCCCCACGCCCCCGCCCAAAGAAUCAGCACUAGUGAUACACAGUCAUGGUUUUAACUCAUCGAAGUAUUUAUUGAAUGCCUACUGUAUGUUGGGCACCAACCAUUCUGGGCUCUGGGAAUAUGGGGAUAAACGAGACACUUGGGUUCGUUUCCCCGAACAGCUGUCAAGCACCCCCCCCCCACCGUGUGCCUGGUACUUGUGACCCAGAGACAAGUCCUUGUUAACUCAGAGCAUUUACUGAGUGCCUGCUGUGUGCUGGGAGCUGAGCUUGGUGCUGGGGGUGAAGAUAAACAAGGUGCUUUUCACUCUUCAAUUGGCUUCUUCCCCACACGCCUAGAGAGCGCGUGCUGCGGGCCAGGCAGCGGUGAUACCGAACAGUGUGGCCGGUGCUGGGUCAGCAGCGGCUCACCCACCGUGUGCGGGGCCACGUGCCAAGGGUUGGGCCACCCAGAUGAACAAGAUGAGUCUUGAUUUCUCCAUGCGGCGUUCACUGAGCGCCUGCUGCAUACCAGACCUCGUGGACUCCCAGUGGCACUGGAGAAUGGUUGGCUGAGAGUUUGAUCCCUGCCUGCCCCCUCCCCCCCCGUCACCCGAGCUGUGUGCAGACAAAAUCCCCCCACCACCCAGGAGGGAGGGUGGCUCUCCUCUCACCAGGGGCAGCUGUAGGUCCCAGCAACCACACGGCCACAUGCAGGCUCCCCUGGACCCAGCCCCCCUGGCGGGGGCAAGGGAUAAAGACAGGGGCUGGGUCUCCUGUGCUCACCCCUGCUCCCUGUUGACCUGUCACCCUCUUUGCUUGACCCCCUCUGGCCUGCAUCUCUGGCAUGGCCUCUGCCUACUCCGUGGGGCUCCAAAGUUCCAGCCUUUGGUGGGCCUGUGUGUUUGGGGCCCCGUGUGGGCUUGGCUGCACCGGGAUACUGCCCGUAGCCUGGGCGGGCUCCCUGGCAUGGCCUGGAGGGCUUGCUGUACCUUCAGCCUGGAAUGAAUGUCAACGCCAGCCGGCGGUGGUUGCUGUCUUAGGGUUACCUGCUCACUGGGUCGGGUCCUGGAUAACUUGCUUAUUUUUUUAUUAAACGUUCCUGGUUGGUUUUCACAUCAA